CUGCAACGUUGCAACACACCGAUGCACCCGAGGCGGGAAGGAUGGAAGCGGCUUGGUCUGUCGAUGGAUCAGAACCAAGAGAGACGGCGACAGGACGCCAUGGAGAGACAAAAGCAAGCACGGCGUGACCUUACGAUGCACGUGCGUUCAUUGGCGCUGCCAAGUGUCGACAGCGAGCUCGAGGACUUGACGGCCACGAUGAUGGACGCCGAGAUGGAGGUUUCCAUGGCGGCGUCCAAAAGUCGCAAGAAAACGCGCGAAGACAGAGUGAAAGCCCGCCGCAGUCACUAUUCGAACCAGUUGAUGCACCCCGAAUGGAUGGUCGACAUUCCCUCGACGCUCGUGCAUGCAUCGGUGUCGUCGUCUCGGCAGCGAGAGUUUGAUGACGGUUGGCUCGUCCUUCCGCGUCCAGACGGCAAGCGAUGCCUCGUAAUUGCUUCCAAUGGCAGUACGGUCGCCCGCACCGUGAGUGGCAGUGUUUUGAAGAAAUUUCCAUCAGCUCUGCCAUGCGGCUCGCGCAAAACAAACGCCGGCCAAGACCAGUACUGCGUCCUCGAUUGUAUUUUCCACGAAGCGAGUGAGACAUUUUGCGUCCUCGACGUCAUGUGCUGGAAGGGCUACUUGUUGUACGACUGCACGGUUGAUUUCCGCCAGUACUGGCUGCGGGACAAGCUGGCUGAAACCACCGCUGCCACCAUCACGAAUGCAAACCCAUAUGCGUUUGAGCCAGUGCCGUCGUACGACUGCACGGUCGACGGGCUCAUCGCGGCGCACGCGACGACAUUCUCCUUUACAAAGGACGGCUUGUUGUUUUACUGCAAAGCUGGCAUGUACACCCCCGGGCUCACGCCGCUUGUGCUGCUCUGGCGGGAUGCCGACACAAGUCAAUACGAGAACCAACUCUCGGUCGUUCUGGAAGUUGACGACGAUGGUCUGGCAUGUGCAACGAGCGACCACGUUGUCAUGUAUACAUUUACGCCGGAGCAAGCCAAGGCGGAAGAAGUUGUGGCCGGCGACUUGGUGCGCGUGUCGGUCGAAUCGAUUGAAUGGGGCGGAGAUGGCGACGUUGAGGUGACAGGCGCUGUGUUCCAAAAGCGAUGCUCGCCGCAACGAGGCGUUGCCGACAGCUGGACCAAGUUGGCCCAUGUCGGCCAAACGUCCUGCUCGUUCGAAAUGUUACUCUCGGUGCUGCGAGAGGACGGCCACGUUGACAACGCCAUCGGGCAAGUCGAGUAGGGCGACCCACUGUGUGGAUGCAGGGUAUGGCAAUCACGUUGAACGAUGCCGUUGAAUGUGUUCGCGAUGGCUGAUCCAGGCAUUGGAAAUCCGUUCCCUGGACGUGAAUCGUGCGAACCUCCUGCCGCAUGCUGCAACGAUUCUCUCCGUCGCGACUUGGAUUCGUGUGCCUCGUUUCAUCAACACGAUCCACUCCACAAUGUCUCGACCGUUGCCUCGUUCGCCGUAGCCACCCAUAUGGCCAUUACCCCCAGCAUCGCCGCGUUCGUAGACAUGGAGCAAGGGGAUUUAUACAAUUGAUGCAGAUGCCACGAGACCUCAUCUUCCGUACAUGUUGCUGCCAUGGCGAGCCAACUCCAACAUACGCGAUGGUGAAUUCUUUCCUGUCCCCGACAACGUUUUUGCAUAGACAGUGUGAGGUCG